AUGGCGAAAGUUUUCAAGAAGACGAGUGGAAACGGAGGGCUGACCCUCUACCUGGGGAAGAGAGACUAUGUGGACCAUAUGAACAAAGUGGACACAGUUGAUGGUGUUGUGAAGCUGAACCCAGCAGAUUUUGCAGACAGAAAAGUGUAUGUGCAGCUGGCCUGUGCCUUCCGUUAUGGCAGUGAUGAUCUGGACGUGAUGGGCCUGUGCUUCAGGAAAGACAUCUGGAUCCAGCACGUCCAGAUCUACCCAGAGAGCCACAAGCCCGCUCUGAGCCCCAUGCACGAGACGCUGCUGAAGAAGGCUGGGGACGAUUCGGUCCCCUUCUCGUUUGAGAUUCCCACCAACCUGCCGUGCUCAGUCUCUCUGCAGCCUGGGCCUGAUGACAAGGGGAAGGCUUGUGGCGUUGACUUUGAGGUGAAGACUUACCUUGCCAAGGACAGGUGCGACCCUGACGAGAAGAUUGAAAAGAAGGACACUGCCCGCCUCAUCAUUCGUAAAGUCCAGUUUGCUCCCUCUAAGGUGGGCGCCGGGCCCAAAUCUGAGAUCUGCAAAAGCUUCAUGAUGUCCGACAAGCCUGUUCAUCUAGAGAUUUCGAUGGAGAAAGAUCUCUACUUCCACGGUGAAACAAUCCCAAUCAAAGUCAAAAUCAACAACGAGAGCAACAAAACGGUCAAGAAUAUCAAAAUUACUGUGGACCAAACCACAGACAUCGUCCUCUACUCAGCAGACAAAUACACCAAGGCUGUUCUCGUCAAAGAUUUUGGAGAGACGGUGGAAUCCGGCAGCACCUACGAGAACACGCUGUCCAUCACCCCUCUGCUGGCAGACAACAAGGAGAAACGAGGUCUGGCACUGGAUGGACGACUGAAGGACGAGGACACCAACUUGGCCUCCUCCAACAUGCUGGGACAGACUGUCGAAAAAGAGGUGCUGGGAAUCCUGGUGUCCUACAAGAUCAAAGUUAACCUCAUGGUGGCCGGAGGAGGCCUGCUGGGUGGUCUCACUUCCAGUGAUGUCACAGCCGAGCUGCCACUGCUGCUCAUGCACCCCAAGCCUGAAGCUGAGUAAAGGCUGUGAAUCAGUUGUCUUGAAAGAAAACUCCCCCAUAGUCAAGAGUUUCCCUGGAGGUUGAGAAGGAACCCACCUACAGACAGGAAGACGAGGACAAGCAGCAAGACAGAAAGAAGCAGAGGACUCUGACAUAAACAAUGUAAUGAAACCAAAUAACAAAAACCGAGCAACUGAAGA